CAUGGCCUUAAGUCAAGGAUGGAGAACUGGUGGUCCUACAGAUGCUGCUGGACUUCAAUUCCCAUGAGCCCCAGCCAGCAUGGCCAAAGCUUAGGGACAAUGGGAGUUGCAGUUCGGCAACAUCUGGAGGUUAUGAACUGUAGUUAUGUCCAAGAACCAUGGCUCUGUCACAGAAUUUUGGCAGCAUCUAUACCAAACCACAAUUCCCAGGAUCAUUUGAAGACACCAAUGGGUUUAAACACCGUAGAUAUAUGUGAAUAGGGUUGAUAUGCCUUCAGGCCCUACUGUGUAUUUUACUAAGUGAAGUGUGUUGCAUUUUCAAAGAGGCAGGAGUGUAGUGCCUGAUAUCUAAUUACAAUAUUUGUCUUAACAACAUUUGCAAAGAGUGCAUUAAAAGAACAACUCAUAAUUGUCUGGAAAGAAACAUCCGGAUCUCAACGAGGAGUAAGUAAUGCACACUAAUGGGAAGCCAGAUCCUUAAUUAAACACAAAUCUAGAGGAAGCGAAAGCAAAUGUUUUAGUUGGGUGAUCCCAACAGGGAGAAAUAUACAGAUGCUAAUCCAGAGCCAAUAAAGUUAUGAGAAAAUAUCAUUACGAGCAAAUGCAUGGAAAUGAGAUUCAAAACCAGAGAUGUGAAAUGCAUUACCCCACAGCCAGGAGAGAUCUCAAUUUCACACAGAAAUGUGGCUCUUCCUCACCGCUGCAAAUUUAGCAGCCUAGCAGAUUAUUGCUUCUUCUCUUAAAGACACUUGGUUCUACUCUCAGAGAAGAAUGUGGAGAGCUGUUAUGAUUAGUUUUCUACUCUCCUGGGUGCCAGAAGCCACCCAGAAACAGAAUUGUAGGUAUCACGAUGUGGCUGAGUACCUGAACAUCUCUUCUAAUAAGGAUCUCUUCUUAUACACCAUACCUCUGAAUGAUUGGGAAAAGCCUAUAGAAGUUCAACUAGACUUCACCCUGGUGUCCAUCCUUUCAGUGCAAGAAAAAUUGCAGGUGGUCACAUUCUAUUUCUGGAUGUAUGUGUUCUGGGACAAUGAAUUUGUCUCAUGGAAUCCCUUGGAUUUCUGUAACAUUACGAAUAUCACUUUGCCUGUGAACCUUUUUUGGACCCCAGACCUCUAUAUAGAUGAACGGGCAGAUGAAGACAAGUUCACACAGAGCCCUUUUGCUUAUGUAUCAGCCGACAGUUCCAUUCAAAUGUUUCAAGCCUACCGACUGACUUCAUCCUGCAGUCUGGAUGUCCAUGCGUUUCCUUUCGAUCAACAAAAAUGCAACAUAAGCAUAAUGUCAUCAAUACAUUCAGAUAAGGAAAUGAUAAUCGUGAGCAACAAAUCUUCCAAGAAGGCGAACCAAGAUAGUCGCAAAAAUUACUUGACCAGUGGGGAAUGGAAGUUUGAGGAGCUGAGAAUCAUUGAGCACAUCAUGGAAUAUGAUAUAAUUAACUUCAGUGCUGUCACUUAUGAGAUUUCUAUGAAGAGGCGCUCCAUUUUGUAUGUGUUGGUUCUGAUCCUCCCAACUUUAACUCUCUUUUUGCUGGAUAUGGCUAUUUCUUUUGCAUCUGCCUCUCCUGGAGAAAAGAUUGCCUUCAAAAUGACAUUGAUCCUUCAAAUCUCAUUUUUGUCAAUGAUUCUUAAUGAUAUGCUACCCGCAACAUCGGAUAAUCCACCAGUCAUAGCCAUGUUUUUCACUGGGAUGUUUGUAUUUCUGGUCCUUGGUAUCUUGGAGAACGCUUUCGUACUCUAUCUCAGAGAGAAGAGACCAAAGUUGCCAUCCUUCAAGGGGAAUAAAUUCAUGAAUAGAAUCCUGAGCAAGAAGAAAGAGGAAUGCGAGAGCCCAGCGAUCCAUUUAGGAGACAGGUGCCCCAAAGAGAACCAGCCGGCAGAUGGAUUUCCCUUGCCAGCAAAAGACAGUGAAGAUGACAGCUUGGUGUUUCUGAAACAUCUGAAUAUGGAACUGCAACAGAUCAAGAAACAUCUCUCUCUAGAAGAACGCCAGGAUGACCCUGAAUCAGUCGCGUGGAAUAAAACAAUGGCCCUUGUGGAGAAAGGGCUUUAUUACACCCGCCUGAUUUUAUCUGUCAUCUUUUUAGCUGUUAUUAUCAUACAGUGGACGCGCUGAAUUAUAGAUUAUUGGCCUUUGUGGUGGAACAAGGAGCAUGGCAUUUUUGUAGACUAGAUCACAUAAUUGAUGCACGUGAUACAAUUGCACUACAUUACCACCAGUUAAGUUGUAUAAAGUUAGGAAAUGCCGUGGGACUAAAUGUCUAAUGCUGUUGGAUAUUAAAUUACUAAUUUCAAAGCAAAUUAUUCUUGGAAAUAUGUGAAAACAGGACAAAAUUUGCCACUUAACUGAGCCUUGCAAAACCAAUUAUUCUGAAAUACUGGUUUUCCAAGUCUUCACUGGGUGGCAUAUUUUCUGACCUGGCAUCAAUGCAUGCCAUCCUUGGGCAGUUGCCAGGGUUUCAAGGGGGUUCAUCAACUUGAAAAGGGUGUCUUUGUCCAGGAAUAAAUUACCUACAAUGCUCCAGAGCAACAGAGGCA